GCCUGAGAAACAGUAACGUCAUUACUUAAUAACUCAUCGGUGAUUGGUCCGCCCCUAAGGUUAAACUUAAAAGCCCAGGUUACCCGCGGAAAUCCGUGGUGUAUGACUCGGAGAUGAUACAGCUGAGCAGCAGAAGUCAGUCGCUGGGCUAUGCACUUGCGCUUCGCUUCCUGGCCCUGGUUCUCUGGGGCAACCCUAGGGCUAGGGCACUGGACAAUGGCUUGGCAAUGACACCUACCAUGGGCUGGCUGCACUGGGAACGCUUCAUGUGCAACGUUGACUGCAGGGAAGAGCCGUAUUCCUGCAUCAGUGAGCAGCUAUUUAUGCAGAUGGCAGACCUCAUGGUCUCAGAUGGCUGGAAGGAUGUAGGUUAUGAGUACCUCUGUAUCGAUGACUGUUGGAUGGCUCCCAAAAGAGAUUUGGAAGGCAAACUUCAGGCAGACCCUGAGCGAUUUCCUGGUGGGAUCCGCCGCCUAGCUAGUUAUAAUUCUCUAGGAGGAAAAAGGAACUUGGUCCUCAACAUAUGUGUGCAUGUGUUUCCAUUCUCAGCUGGAAAUUCCCUUCUUUUACCUUAUUUUACCCAUUGUUUUCUCACAGGUUAUAAGCACAUGUCCUUGGCCCUUAACAAGACUGGCAGAAGCAUUGUGUACUCCUGUGAGUGGCCCCUUUACAUGCGGCCCUUUAAAAAGCCCAAUUACAAAGAAAUCCGACAGUACUGCAAUCACUGGAGAAGUUUUGCUGAUAUUUCUGAUUCCUGGGAAAGUGUGAAGAGUAUUUUGGACUGGACAUCUUCUAACCAGGAGAAAAUUGUUGGUGUUGCUGGACCAGGGGGUUGGAAUGACCCAGAUAUGUUAGUAAUUGGCAACUUUGGCCUCAGCUGGGAUCAGCAAGUAACUCAUAUGGCCCUCUGGGCUAUCAUGGCAGCUCCUUUAUUCAUGUCUAAUGACCUCCGAAGCAUCAGCCCGCAAGCCAAAGCUCUACUUCAAGAUAAAGAUGUAAUUGCCAUCAACCAGGACCCCUUGGGCAAGCAAGGGUACCUGCUUAGAAAGGUUGACAGCUUUGAAGUGUGGGAACGACCUCUCUCAGACUUAGCCUGGGCUGUAGCUAUAAUAAACAAGCAGGAAACUGGGGGACCUCGCUCUUACACCAUCUCAAUUGAUUCCCUGGGUCGAGGAGUGGCCUGUAAUCCUGCCUGCCACAUCACACAGAUCCUCCCUGUGAAAAGGGAGCUUGGGUUCCAUGAAUGGAUUUCAAGGUUAAAAAUAUGGGUAAAUCCCACAGGCACUGUUUUGCUUCGGAUAGGAAAGAGAACCACGGCAUCCAACAGUUUGUUUUAAAAAUGUGUCACUCCCUUCACCUUUUCCUCAUUUCCCACUUAAAAGCUCUAUAUUUCCUUGAAUAAAAUUUUCCAAAGCUGAA